UUAUAUAGAUGCGCCGCGUAUGCGGAGUUGAUGUGAUUUUGCUUCGAUCAUAUCGGCCGGAUCGUGCCGCACUUUUUGAAAAGGCCACGCUGCAGCGCUGUUGAGUAUUGUACCGGAGUUGGCUGCUUUGAUUAUGUAUUUUGUUGCAUUUUGUAGAUCUAUUUUUCAGAUUCCACUCGCGGAUAUAUUGCUGCUUGUAGAACAAGCAGUGUCCAUGUUGUUACAUGACGUGCAUGGGAGUUGUUAUUGGCUUGUUGUCGUGUAUUCUCCAAAGUCAUGAAGGAUCUGAAACACAAUGGAAAAGGUUCUUCGCAAUUGCAAACCCUUUGUAGAAGUUCUGGCCAUGGCACAUGGACCUAAAGUGCAGCAUUGGACAGCAGAGCAUUUCCAACGUGCCACCACUUGGUGUGUGUAUUUUGAAAAGGCAUACAGCAUGAUGAUUCGCUUGCCGGCGCGGUCCAGUUCAGUUCACAAACAGCUGCAUUCUGAAGUUACCGCUCUUCAAGAGCCAUGGCCCAGCUCUGUACAAUUGGACUUUGCUUACUUAGAACACUGCUUGUCACACAUGUGUUCGGUGCUGCUGAAGAAUCAAUUCGCACCUUCCCCAUUAUUGGCCAUGGCUGCCCGAGCUGGUUUUUCAUCGAAGGAUUUUGUCUUCUGGGCAAAGAAUGUGUGUGUGUACAGGAAGUGUUUGACUUGUUCAAAAGUGACAACCUUGCUGAACGGCUGCAACCUGUAAUCCUUGAAGUGCUGCCUAGCCUGGAUGUUUCGCAGCAUACAAGUGGAGUUGUUAUUCACCAAGACAGCACUGCUGCACUGACAGCGCUUGCAUGUCAGCUUUGCAAUUGCCUUAUUGCUGGCGAUAAAGAACAAUUCACUGGGUUGUCCCCUGAGCAGGAGAGACUCCUUUAUGAAGUGGUGAAAUUAGACGCUGGUCUGGAUAUUAUGCUGACUGUGUGUGCUACUCAUUCAACAAGGGUGCAGUCAGGUCUCAGUACUCAAGCUGAUGAUGACCACCAGUGUGUGAUUCCAUCACGUUUGGCCAGUGAACUGAUUGACUGGCUGCUAUCGUGCAAUGUCCCGUCCACUGCACUGGACACUUCAACCAGGCCGCCACCAGCAGCAACACUAUCGCCCUGUGCACAUUCACACACACUCUUUUUCAGUGAUCCAUCUCUGCUGUCGUCCUGUGCGAUACGGUUUGAUACACUUCUGGACUGCUACGUUCAGCACUUGCUGCACUGGACUGAGAGCUUUGUUCGUGUUGAGCUUUGCGACUGCAGUCUGUCUGAUAUGCAACCAGGAUCGUAUCACUGGCACCAUGCACAGGUGCUGUCUAGCACUGCUAGUGCCAACCAUAGUGACGACGACAAGCUGACACUGAGCCUGUGUGCGUGUCCACCAUCCCUGAAACAUUGGCAAACACUGGUGACAUGUUUCAAGUCACUGGCACAUCAGUAUGGCCCUGUACGCCAGCAAAUCCUGGAGCAGCUGCAGAGGAAAUCACAGUGGACCCAGCAAGAGCAUGGCACUGUGUCGCCACCGAUGCAGUGUCUGCUGUGGAAGGCUGACUUUCAGAACAACAUCUGGGAAGACAUGUUGUCUAACGUAACAUUAGUGUAGCAGUUGGGCUGAUAACGUGGCCUUGUUCCUGUCUUAUGUCCUAUGGCUAUGGGCAUCUCCUCAAUGGUCGUGACGGAACAUGUUUCGACAGUUAUAGAGGGCACAUCACCAGUCGUGCUGUCCCUGAUGCUGGUCAAGAGUUGAGCUGCUUCUCUCAAGACUGCUAGCUACAGUGCAAUGCAUGUACCAUCGAGGAUCUCGAUGGCAGUACAUGUACAUGCACUGGAUAUCAGUAGGUCCUACGGCUCUGCACCCAGCCUGACUCACUGGGCUAUGGCAAUACAUGUACUAGGCAAAAGACAGUGUUGUGCUGCUUGGAAUGAGACUAUACUGUAUCUACAGCAUAGUUAGUCUUUGGUAGAUUUUUAUCCUGAAGCUGAGAAUCAGGUGUAUUUGCUGAAGUAUGUGAGUGUACAUUACGAUCUGUGCUGUGGCCACAUUUGCUACAUAUUUUUCCUGACGAGUGUACGAAAACUUGUUUGAAUCCAUUUUUUUCUCUACACCAUUUCUUCAUAUUUUCAUUGUUUUAUUGCACAUCGUCUCCACCGUUUUACAUUGCAUGAAUGAAGUACACAAAUGUCGGUUCAGCUCGUCUUAUUGAUUGCGGUUAUCAAAUUAUUGUCUCCUCGCCGUUUGUUUACAUAUUUUUAGUAUUUAUUUUUUAAAUAGACUGUCAUGAGCAAUCCGGAAAGGAGUGUCUACUAGUAUUUUCUAUUUUAGGACAUGAAUGGAACACCUGAAUCCUUUCAUACCAUUAUUUAUUCGUUGUGCAUUAUUGUGUAGCGUCAAUUUUAUCUCAAUGAUAACAUUCCAUUUGGGAAAGUGAACUGUAUAUAGAAUUAAGUUCCGAUACGAAAGUCAAUAGCAACCGUGAA